CUUCUCCACUUGAGCAAUGCCUCAACGACUCGAGUACAACACUGCAGUGUUAUUAAAAAGAAUGGUUUACUUUUGUCAUGUUUUGCCGCUGUUGUGUUUCCUUUCUUUUGUAGUUAUUUGGAAUGUUCAGAAUACAGCUCAAGGUAAGUCAUUUUUAGUGACAGACGAUAUGAAAGAAGAGAAAAAUGACCAAUACUGGGAAAUGUAUUUACUUUCUAUUUCGUGCUUUGAAAGACAUUUUGAAUACGUUUUAGUUCUCUGUCAACUGAGUCUAAGCCAGGAGCAGGAAAAAUUAGCUUUUUUGUACAACUUAGCAUUCAUUUUGCAUGAAUUUAGUUUAUUAAAAAAAGAUCCAUUUGGCAAUGUAUCUUCUUUGCGAAUGCCAUUUUUUUUUUCGUUCAAGAGGCGAGGAAGACUGAACGCUUCUAAAUUUAAAGAAGUAUUGAUAUUGUUCACGGAUUUGAAAUUGAAUUAAACUGAAUACUUGGCCGGGAAGCAAAGCUUCAAGAGAAAUGGUGAAAUUUGGAGGGCAAUCUCUCAGCUGAGGAAAGUAACAGCCGACCUACUGGCAAGGAAAAAGGGGUUUAUUUAUUUAAUAAAAUUAAUUCUCAUAUCGCGCAAAAGCUGCUUGUUAAAAAGCCAGUGUUGCUUACCGGCGACCAGCAAGGAAAAAGGGGUUUAUUUAUUUAAUAAAAUUAAUUCUCAUAUCGCGCAAAAGCUGCUUGUUAAAAAGCCAGUGUUGCUUACCGGCGACCAGCUUUUUGAUAACGUUAUCAUUAGACUCUACAUAUCAAAUUGGUUUUUCUUCCAUGUAAAUAGUAGAAAUGUAAAGAUAUUUUUUUCCUCCUGGCUUUGUUUCGACGCAAAUAAUCGUAGGAAAAGUGUCGACCUACGCGUGGUUAUUCGUGACGUAAGGUGGCCGACGAAAUCACGAGGAAAUUAAUGGUGGAUUAAAAUGCGUCAAAAUCGUGAAAUAUUGAAAAAAAAAACACCCGAGACUUGAAAAUCUAAAAAAUGUUUUUGACAGUUUUAGUUAGAAUAGCAUCUAGGCUAUUUUACUCCUUGCAAUUUAAAUAUUGCCUGCUGUGAGCUUCUUUGUUCUUUCUUCUUCUUCUUUAAUACUCAGAACACUGUAUUCCGUGUCGAGUAGUCUGGUUUCGACACCUUGUCUUGUGUUCGUUAGUAGGGCGCGUUACUUUCACAGUGUGUCUCUCCCCCUAAGAGUGUAAAUGGUUACUGGCGAAUUUCCAGGGAAGAUUGAUGAGAUUCGGGGGGUUACCUUGCGAUGGACUAGCAUCUCAUCCAGGGGAGGGAAAGGCUUUUUCGAAGUCCCUUUGUUAAAAUGUAAUCUGCCUCCUAAGAUUAUAUGACUGGGUGUGUAUUAUUUGGACUGAGGGGUUCUUUUUUAUUUUUUUCCUUUGAAACAGGAAAAUAUUGUUAUUCGUAUGAAUCGCUUAACAUCCCAGAGCUAAAGAAAGGUAACUGCCAGCAAAUUAAGAACGCCACUUCUCAACAUUGGUUAAAAGCUGACUGUAAAAUAAGAAGUUCUCGGGAAUACCAGAAACGUGACUUUACUCAGUGUUUACAGUUGUGGUGUGAUUAUUUUUCAAUAUGCCUUCAUCAAACAACCGAGUGGAAAAACUAUUGCUCCUUAAAGUUUUAUAGACUCCGUUCAUCUUUCUUCGAUAUAAGUACAGGGGAAGGAGGGAAUGACGUCUCUCACUUCAAACACGUUUACGUCAAGUAUUGCGGUAUACCAAAAUACGGAAGAAACUACUUUUUGAAGACAUUCGCCAUCAGGAUUACCUCCAUAGAAUGCCAAUCGAGAAAAACAGGAAAAGGUUUGUGCCUGACUUGUUUAUUAUUUGAAUUUAUGUGUAUGUAUCAUUGAUUCAUGUUUAAAAUCUUAUAAAAUCAUUAAAAAAAACAUUUUAUUCGGAUAUUUAGUGCCCCCAUGUUUGAACACCGCGUUAUGGAAACAGAGUUCCAAUACCUGCAAUUAUCUGAAAAAUGGAACAAACAACAUCUGGUACACAGUUGGUUUGGGUUAUCAUUCUUCACUGAGAUGGUGCGAUGCAUUUCGGAACUGUUAUGGGUCUAACGAUCUCAGAAAUCGGUGCCGUCGUGAUUUUGACUUUUACUUUCGAUUUCCACCAACUUUUACAGUAGAAAUACUCAGUUAUUUACCUCACACACGGAUCCAGGUCAAUUACGUUUGUAGCGGUCGUUACAUCUUUGCUGUUAAUGUGAUUCGGUGCAACUCUGAAUCAAAACUAAAUGGUAUGUUUGGGAUCAAUGUCAGUAUCUAAGCAAAUUCGCACGUACUCCACCCCUAACCCAAUUUUAAUCUUAACUUGUUAUCAGUUGACUGUUUUGGGUAAUGGGAGGGGUAGGUGCGCAGUUGCUGAGACAUUGACAUAGAUCAUAUUUCCCCUGUAUAUUGUGGCCAUAUUUCCCAUGUUUAAAAAGUAGUCACGCAUCUCUGCUGUGAUUUUGUGUUUGUGAUUAAUGUAAAACAUGCGUGCAAACUUAAGGAGAUUGCAAAACAUCAGCAUUAGGGGAGGUGAGGUGUCUGAGAAUAGAAAUACUUUAGCGGGUAGAUAGAAAAUUUUUUCAUCUGCAGACAGAGUUCCUUAAACAUCUGAUUAAGGAAAAUGCAACAAAUGACACAGUGACAGGGUGACGUAUAGAUUCCUCUUUGGUCGUCCAACGGAAGUAAUUACAUUUAUCGCCUACCUAGAUACUCGAUUUGUUUGUUUGUUUGUUUGUUUGUUUUUGUUUUUUUAGACAGUUUAGUAGUAAAGAAUGGUAACGAUGAUAGUGAUGAUGACAAUGCUGAAGCUCCACAGACUUUGAACUCUCAGGUACGUGCUUGAAUUAAUUGAUGAAAACGAUGAUCUCAAAACAUGUAUAUGCAAUAUCGCGCGCCAAUAUAGUAAAAAAAAUUCUGAUAUGAAACAACUUGGCCAGGCAAGAAACGGAGUAAGUUAUGCAGUGGAGUAAGGCAUGCCUCUGGUUCUUAGAAAUACUGAUACUUGGCUUUCGGAAAUUUAUUACUUAUCAGGUACUGAACGCCAUUGGCCUCCUUGACAUUGAAAGAGAGGGAUCCAUCCAGGUAUUCUGCAUAUUUCUUUUUUGGAGAUAUUUUCCUUCAAGAAAUUGUCCUACAAUAAGUGUCCUAAAACCUUUUGAUGUAUUAGCUCACCAUGUUAUAGUUUUCAAAAGAAUCGAUAAGCAUGCAACUCGAAAUAUUUGGUACUAAUAUAAGUUUCGUUGAUAUAAAUUAACACCGUGCUUUAGGAACUGAUGACCAAUUUUCUUGUGUUGUUCCAACGAUUUCGUUGGCUUAUUUACUGAAUCAAUCCUUUUUAGAGCGCUUUGGAUGCGUUUGAGGAGACACUCUCCAAAUUUUCUAAUGGCACGUUUGGGAAUCAAACAGAGGAGGAAAAAAUGGAGGCGGUUUUUCAAGCUACAUACACUUUAGAACAAUUUGUGUUGGAGUAUGCUCAGUAUCACCUUAAUAAAACAACACCCAACCUUAGCAUUAACAGCCAAGAAAUCGGUAAGGGAAAAAAAAAAGAAAAAUUAUUUAUUACUUCUAGUGUCGUAGUGUCGACUUUCACGUCGUGAUCGUUUUGUAGAAAAAAACCCUAAAAUGUUUCUGUGUCGAAAAAAAAAAAUUAAAAUUAAAAAAAUUAAAUAAAUUACAUUGAUAAUAUUUUUAUCACUACAGAAUACGAUGAACGGCGUGAGCGACCAAUCUGGGUGCAUAAAUAAAAGGAGAAAGGGCAUUUUAGCCUGUACCAUUUGUGUAAUUUUGUUUUUUGUUUCAUUUUGUUUUUAAUGUGAGUUCAUUAAAACUUUCUUAUCAAAAAAGACGACUUUGCAGUUUAGGAACAUAUUUUUUUUCCAGGCCAAGGUAAGACCUGCUUACCCAGGUCAUCUUCUACUUUGACGUCAAAGGGCAAAAAGGCCCCAAAGAAUCAAACUUUGUCUUCUUAUCAGUCUUAGGGUCAUUAAGUUUGGCUUUAAGUUGACUGGUGUAUUUUUUCUCUUUGUUCGUAUUCCUUCCGAUUGAUUUUAAGUUUGUUUCGUUGUGUGUCUAGAUUUGGAAAUCAGACGUGUUUACCAUCAAAAUGAGAGUGAUUUUGGUCUCCAGGGGCCUGAAGGACAGAACUUCGUUAAAAUUCCAUCGGGAAACUUUCAGAACGGUUGGUAAAGGAUUCUUCUAUCAAAUACGUUCUAUACUAAGUCCAUCCAUUAGUGCGUAUUCAAUGUGACCUAAAUUCAACAUUUAUCAUAUCUAACAGGAGUUCCUGGAACAUCUUCUUUAUAACAUUCAUCUUCCAGCACCUUAUAUUACCGUUGUUGUUCAUUUUCAGGUUCAGAAGUAGUUAUGGGAGUUUUAUACAAAAGUCUUUCUAAAAUGCUUUUGAUUGAUGAUAUUUACACCAAAGAGGCGACUAACAAAAGCAGGUUUGUGUGUGUGCGUGUGUUUUUUUCUAGUUUUUCUGUAUGUUUUCUUGUCCCUUUAUGUCUCCCAUGCUUCUAGUCCUCCCUAUGCUUUAAAAGAGGAAAUGAAUGAUGAAUCAACUAAGAAAUAUUUCCAAAAAAACAACAUCAACAACAAAAGCAACAACAAAAUAAAACAAAGAGAAAACUGACUAGUUCAAUGAUCCACCGCAAUCUACGAUUCAUCUUUACAUGUAUUAUUUUCUCUUUUUCUAUCGCAAAUUCAGAUUUUGUGACUAACUUGCUCCAUUGACUUCCACCGUAGGCAUCUCAACACGAUCGUAAUAUCUGCUACAAUCAUUCCACCUCCCACGAGGCUGACACAUAAUGUUACGUUAAUGUUCAGGAAUUUUCAGGCAAGUGCAGGAAAUAACACAUCUUGUUGAAGCUCCUCACAUCACUUUAAGAGAGGACUAUUGGAUCAGUACGAAAUUGACACUAACCAAACGCGUAUUAGGAAAUAAAUUAAGUGAACCCUUCCUGGUGUCGGUAUCCGCAACUGGACCAGAUUUUUCGAUUACCAUUUUUUUCUUCAGAACGUAAACGAGUAUGUGUCUGGGCGAGAAUAUGAGAAUUAAUACCCACAAUAAUGUGUUUCAAUAAAAUUAACCAUUAGCCAAGGAGACAGCAUAGUUAAACACAGAAAGGGAAAGAGCCCUUUCAAAAGUUGAGUUGAGUCUUCUCCACCCUCUUCCCCAUCUUAAUUGGGUUUUGAUUUCCUUUGAGAGAUUCAACUUGUUAGGAUCAUACGAUUUUGUUAACUACAGGCCGCAAACAGGAAACGAGACUGCGUGUUUUGGAACACAGCAGACAGCAGGUGAGAGAAUAGAGUUAUUUCCUCUGUUAAUAACUGCAGCAGCAAAAGGUUACUUCUUUCACUCAACUGAGCCAAAUAAUAAAAAUGUAUGAAAUUCGUAGCUGAUAUUCUUAGUGAUUGCAAUCAUUAAGUGGCGACGUGCUUUAAGUUGUCUACUUGCUCUGCAUUUGGUUUUGGCACAAUAUAGGCUGCGAUUUUAGCCUGCAGUAAGCCUCCCUCUUGCCCUUGAAAACUUACUUAUUCAAAAACAUUGCGAUCGCAUCUAUUUAUCAGUUUGAUUUUUCGAUAAAUUUAAUCAAUCCCAUCUCUUAGCAGCCUUUUCAAAUCAUUCUUUCUCCUGCAGCUCGGUAGGCUGGUUAGAACAAGGUUGUUCUAUAAAAUAUAUGGACGAAUCUCAAACGGAAUGCAGCUGCAAUCAUUUGACCCAUUUUGCUGUCCUGAUGCAGUUUGGCACGGAACCUUACAAUAAAGACUUAUCUGAGGUGAGCUAGAUCAUGGGUAUCAUAAUUUAUAAAAAAAAAAGACAAAAAUUGAAUGCAUUUAAAAACUUUAGAAGUGCCUUAUCUGACUUUGUUUAUACUAAAAGCAUAUGUACCAUUUGUGCUAUCUUACAUAUUUUACACAGACCGACAACAAAAUUCUGGAGAUUCUUACCUACAUGGGUUUGACAUUAUCUCUGAUUGGAAUUACCAUGACAAUUCUCGGCUACGUUUUUCUCACGUAAGUACUUUAUAAGGAAGUUGUUUAACAUUGAAAGACAUACGUUAUUCAAUAUCAUACACUGACACUACUACUUAAGAGUGUUUAUUCUUUCGAAGACAAUUUUCAUCCUCACAGACGGCUCUGUUCCUCUCGGCAAUCGUUUGAAUUCUUUGCCCCAGGGAGAUGAGAGGUCCUUUGUCUCAGAUCCGUGUUUGUCUGGUUGCUUCGCUUGGCGCAGCUCAAAUCAUAUUUCUUGGUGGGAUUGGUGCGACUGAGAACAAAGUAAGGAACAAUAAACCAGGUUACUGUAAGUUUCUUCAGAUUUUUCUGUCUUUUCUCAUUUGGGUAUGAGGCAAUGCCCCAAGUUUUCGAUUAAACCACGAUUUUGCCAGAAAUAUAUAUUUAUUCUAGACGUCUUAGCAUAAGCAAAAGCUAAAUGAUCAUCCAUGGUUUAUGGAGGCUGGGCUUUACUUCUUCGCUCACGAAUGGUUUUACUUAACCGCAGCAACAGACAGCUUAGCUGUUUCUUCUUUCCAGAAAGUGUGUGUUACGGUAGCAGCCCUUGAGCAGUUCUUUUUAAUGGCCGCUUUCUGUUGGAUGUUCAUCGAGGGAGUUUACCUUUACUUGUUUGUUGUAAAAGUCUACAACGUUACAAACAAGAUGAAGAUAUGCCACGGAGUUACGUGGGGUAAGGCCAUAUUUCAGUUCCUUUGCUUGUGUGUGAAUAAAUGGAUUAAAAGAGGUUAAAGUAAAAGCUGAUAUGAAAACGUAAAACUUAAGAAAGGACUGGCUCCUUCCCGGCUCUAGCGGCAUAAAAGAAUAGGACCAUUAAAUCUCAUCCUGUAAUGCAUGUGGAAGUUAGUUCACUGCUAGUAAAUCUGAAAAAAAAAUCUUAAUUUUGGUGGACUAAAGUCUAAUUAAAGAUAAUGAGCUGUCUUACCCAACAGCACACCAGGCAAUAACUCUUCCGGAAGUCAACCUCAAACCUCUUGCACCAUUAGGACACCCUACUCAGCUCCUUGGUGCAUUUUAGAUUCCGUUUCAAACAUAUUUUUCUUGCAAACCAGGAGUGAAUGUUUUCGGCUUUUCUGUCACAGGUUUUUCUGCACUUGUGGUCACCUUAUCCUUGAGCAUCACAGCAGGCAUAGCGGGAAUCGAGAGUUUUGUCAGCGAGAAAUAGUAAGUAAAACAUUGUACCUUUCAGUGAUGAAAGUAAUAAUGUUUCUCUUGUUCGUAAAAGAUCUUUAAGCAAAGCUUCGAAAAAUGUAAUGGUGUAUCUAAUCUAUUAUUUGUUAAUAUUGCCGUUAAAUCAUUAUUUAUUCUUGUGGUUUGUUUGUUUUUCGUCUGUCAAGCUGCUGGCUUUCUCACGAAAAUGGUCUGAUCUGGAUAUUCAUUGUCUUCGUAUUGCUGAUUGGAUCGGUGAGUCCCCCUUAUAUUUCUCACUAACUUGAUUUUGAACAUCUAUUGUUUAUAAGCUUACGUGCAACUGCGUGUCAAGACAACGUUGUUAACAGUGGCAGUGAUGAAAACGGCAUCGACGGCAAUGAACAAAGUAGAAGGAAUUAGGGCAAGAAUUGAAAAAACAAUUACUGAGCUAUUUUCGUCUUUAAUUUAUCAUUACAUCAAUAGUAUCUCGGUGUAAUCACUAUUUUUUUACUUUUAGCUUAACAUUGUGAUCCUUGUACGAGUUAUCAGGGAGAUGACGACGAUGCAACAAACCAAAGACAAUCAGACUGAACAAAUCAGGUAGAGAACGAAAUCUUUAAGUAAGGAAUCCAAAAGAGAACAAACAACCAAGAGUUCAUCGGUAGUCCUUGCACGCGCACACACCCAGAUGCACAAAAAACAAACAAACAUACAAAUAUACGACAAUGACGAUGAUAAUGAUGAUCUUAUUCUUCGGUGAUUUGAUGUCUUAAAAAGGAAGAAAAACAUUCCUUUGUAGGCUUGGCAUCAGAGCAUGCGUGGUAAUGAUUCCUCUCUUGGGUGUCACGUGGCUGUUUGGCGUUUUAUUGCCAUUGCACAAAGCUUUUGCCUAUAUUCUCACGAUUUUCAACUCAACCCAAGUAAGUUUGGAAGAAAAUGUAUAUCUCUGUACUUGUAAGAAAAACUGACGAGAAAGAAUCUUUACUUAACGAGAUCAAUGUUUAUUUUUCAACAGGGUUUUAUGAUUUUCGUCUUGCACUGCGUGAGAAACACGGAGGUAUAAUAUCACUUUUUCGUUUCAAGCAUAUAGUGUCUCCAGGUUAAAUCAAUUUUAUUAUCUUCCUAUCGAUAGACAAUUCCUUUUUUAUCACUCCUCAUUAGAUUUCUUUAGCUGUUUUUUUUCUUAUCUUUUCCUCUUUUUAAUCGUCCUGGGCCAAUUUUAUUGCCAACUGAAAAUGAACCCGAUGAUUAAUUUCACCUUUUUUCUCAUUAACUUGACUCAGCUCUCUACAGCUAAUUCUUUCAAAUAAAUGGACAUAAGUUGGUUUUGACAUUUUUUAUUGCUUUAUUCUUGCAGAUAAGAAGUCGACUCAGAAGAAAGCUCCAUUCCAUUUUCCCAUUAGUAGACAAUGGAAAAAGUAUUAAUAGAAGCUCUCAAGAAAAUGAAACUGCCUCCGGAAAUAUUUCGAGAAAAACUAAAGCUAAACAUAGCGUUGUAACCGAAAGAAGAAAUGACAGUUCAGAGAAAACCUUUUGUUUAUGA